AUGAUUGUCUCACUCUUAUUUGGAUUGUUACCGAAUAUUUAUUCUGGUUAUUAUGUAAAUCUGAUUACAACCGUAUGUUCAAUUUGUAAAAUACGAUUUUAUAUAACUCAAUCUUCUACAAUGACAUAUCGAUGGUUUUUGACUAUAGCUUGUAUUGAUCGAUAUGCUCAAUCACACAUUGCUUAUCGUGUUGUUAUCUGUGUUACAAUUAUUUGGAUUGUAUUACCUAUACAUAAUUUAAUUUAUCGUAUAACUAGUGGAGGUCAAUGUACUUGGUUAGAACGUCGCCGAAAAAAUAAUCAGUCUCAAAUUGAAGAUGAAUCAGUUCGUAUACUUCAAGUACGUGAUUAUCAAGCAAUUGCCAUGCUAUUUUCUAUAUUACCUCAACAUUACCAUGGAUAG